GCAGCCAGGCAAAAAGGCAGCGGGGGCAGCGGGGCAGGCAGGACUUUGCUCCCUUCCUCCUGUUGCUUGCCGGAGAGAGAGCAGGAGGGGCUCUCCCCACCCCAGAUGUGAUCCCCCCCUCCACGCUGGGUUGCUGGGGGCAGUCUUGGCUGCGCCUGCCGUCAGGAUGAUGGGCUGCAAGACCAACUCGCUGACUUGCCUGCAAGGCGGGAAGCCGGGGCUGCCCGUGGCCACUGCCACGGACUCCACGGCCACGCUCAACAAGCUGGCCCUGGCCACGGGGGGCACGGAGAAGUCCUGGUACCGCUGCGUCUUCCCCUUCGGCAUCGUCUCCUUGGUCAUCGGCGUCGCCGCCACGUGCAUCACCUUCACCAUCAAUGGGCCGCAGAUGGACAUCGCCAAGGUGGUCUCCGUGGCCACCCUGAUCUUCGGGGUCGGACUGCUGGUGGCCGCCUUGGUCUGCUGGCGGGCCAAGAGGGAGAGGCAGCGCAAGAAGCAGCAGGGCGAGCCCGUGGCCGUGGAGCAGGGAGCCCUAUGAUGCCGGCGCCGAGCAGGUAGAGCGUGGCCAGAGCUUUUCCCUUGUGUCCCGUGACAGAAUGAGGGGAGUCUGGAGGGGGGGGGAGAGCUUUGAGGACAACCCCCCCCAUUGUUUUGGAGAUGGUGGAACCUGGCAGCAUGUGGGUCCAAACCCCGUUUAGAAAGCAAGCAACGUUAUGAAUAGCAAAAGGACGCCCAGCCAGGAAGGAUGACUGACAGUCUGUGGAGCUGCGUGGCAGGAACCGGCGGCUGGCUACGCACCCGGCCAGAGCGUCUGCCCCAGAUGACCCCCUGUCCUCAGGGGACUGCGGCCUUCUUCCCCACCCAGAGCGAGACCCCUCGUUUGCAGAGAGCACCGGGGCUAACUUUAAGAAGGCACCGCCAGCGCAGAGUGAGCAGGGAGGUGUUUACGUCCUCAAGGGCACCCCCUACCUGUCUCCCUCACAAGCUACGCACAUCGCUGACUGAUCACAGAGAGUCCUUUCUUCCUUCCCCCCCCCUCUUUUUUAAGGCAAGGAGGAUGAUGGAGCGGUCCUCAACAGUGAAGACAACAAGGGUGUCGUGGAAAGUUCCCAAGCUGCUGCUGCUGCUGUUGGAUGAACAACGUGAUCCUUCGUUUUUAACUGCGGGGGGAGGAGUGCCGUUGACAUUGGGGUCCUGAUGGGCAGUAGCUGGAAUGGUGCCCCCUUUUUUCUGUGUGUGUUUGGGGGGGGGCAUGUCAGGGAUGACAGCUGGGAUUCUUGGGAUGAACACAUGCUCUCCCGACAAAGGACAGAGAAGAGGCACCCGUGUUUCCCGGUGAGAAGAGACAAAUCAAGAGAAUUUAAGGAAUCGUACAGACGAGGAAUGUUGUAGUGUGUGGGAGGGGGGGUACAGUCUCCUGUUGUGAGCAGGGCAGGGCAGGGCAUGGGAGGGGAGUGACUGACCCUUGAGAAAUACUGACCCAAGUCACAGGAGAAGUUGAUCCGGUGGGCCCUUUUGAUGCAGGGGGGCUGCGUGUUUGGACAAUACCCGGAUGGGUUGGGUCUGCCUGAGCGCGGGCUCAAGCAGCCCAUGCAGUGUGCCUUGUGCCUAGGCUUGCUUGCACACCGGUUGUCAACUGAUGCACAAGCCAGCCACGCAUUUGGCCACCACAGACGUGGCACGACACGCCGUGCCGAUUUCAGAACGGUGUCCACAGCAAGGGCGGAGAGGGUUCUCCCACCCCAGGGAAUCCCUGGAUUGCUUCCACGUGGAUGUUUUGCUUCCGUUUGGCAUCCAAACCGGAGCCCGUUCUUUUCUUUGCUUUUUUAGCAUCCACACAGCAUUUGUCCCCUAAUCAUCUGCUUUCCAGGUUUUCCCUUGUUUUGCUGUGACGUUUCUCAGAUUUGGUUUGAUAGGAUCCUUGCCGGGGAUAGAGACUUACCUUUUUCUUAGUGGAAGCCGGGAAUUCCGAGGAAUGAGUAGAUCACGGAGACGGAUUGUUAUAAAAUUAUGAUGCUAGAGCAGUGAUGGCGAACCUUUUAGAGACCGAGUGCCCAAACUGCGACCCAAA